GUUGUUGCCCGGAGACGAGCGCUUGUCUAGUGAAACCAGCCACUGCCCCCGCACCCCCCACCCACCCUUCUUCUGAAUAUACGUCAAUUGAAUUGUCGCCGGAAAAUAUGUCGAAAUUUGAACUGAAAAAUCUGGAUGAAUGCCUGGAGAAGCAUUUGCCAGCGGAGGAGCUAAGAGAGGUCAAGCGCAUACUUUAUGGCGUGGAGCAAGACCAAACUCUGGAGCUGCCAGCGAGCGCCACACUCACCGCCGAGCAGAAUGGCUUUGAGAUCAAGGGCUAUCGCUUUGGGGCACGCGAGGAGCAGCUGCGUAAGCCGCGCCUGGUGCGUGUGGGCGCCAUUCAAAACUCCAUUGCGCUGCCAACGACGGCGCCCAUUGAGCAGCAGCGCGAGGGCAUUUGGAACAAGGUGAAGCUGAUGAUCAAGGCCGCGGCACAGGCCGGCUGCAACAUCGUGUGCACCCAGGAGGCAUGGACCAUGCCCUUUGCGUUCUGCACGCGAGAGAAAUUCCCCUGGUGUGAGUUUGCCGAGGAGGCGGAACGCGGUCCGACAACCAAAAUGCUGGCGGAGCUGGCCAAGGCCUACAACAUGGUUAUCAUACACUCAAUACUGGAGAGGGAUGUGGAGCAUGGCGAAACGAUUUGGAACACGGCCGUGGUCAUUUCGAACAGCGGCCGUUACAUGGGCAAGCAUCGCAAGAAUCACAUACCACGCGUCGGCGACUUCAAUGAGUCCACCUACUACAUGGAGGGCAAUACGGGGCAUCCAGUGUUCGAGACUGAAUUCGGCAAACUGGCGAUUAACAUUUGCUAUGGCCGGCAUCAUCCGCAGAACUGGAUGAUGUUCGGUGUGAAUGGUGCGGAAAUUGUGUUCAAUCCCUCGGCCACAAUAGGACGUCUCUCGGAGCCAUUGUGGGGUAUUGAGGCGCGAAAUGCGGCCAUUGCCAAUAGCUACUUUACGGUGCCCAUCAAUCGCGUCGGCAGCGAGCAGUUUCCCAAUGAGUACACCUCCGGCGACGGCCAGCCGGCGCACAAGGAGUUUGGACCCUUCUAUGGCUCCACAUAUGUGGCAGCGCCCGAUGGCUCCAGAACUCCGAGCCUAUCCCGCUGCCGCGACGGUCUGCUGGUAACCGAGCUGGAUCUCAAUUUGUGUCGCCAGGUCAAGGAUUUCUGGGGCUUCCGCAUGACGCAGCGACUGCCGCUGUACGCCGAAUCGUUGCGCAAGGCCGCCGAACUGGACUUCCAGCCGCAGAUAAUCAGGGAGUCGUGAACACUUCCAAAAAUGUAUAUUCAAAAUAGAAAAUCAAAUGAAAAAU